AUGAGCAGGUUUUCGCAUUCACAUCUACCAAGGGAAACGUUUCUUGAUUUUGAAUCCGGUGAAGAUAAAGAAGCGAUUCGAUGCUUCCAGCAUUGUGACAAGAAGACCAAUAUUCUUUGUUUAUCCCAGAUUCCACGGAUUUGCCCUCUUUGUAGACAAGAUGUGACCAAAACAGAAAGUUUAAUUCCUCCUUUUCGUCUUCCGUCACCUUUAACAAAAGCGAAACAAAAUCCGUUUUCAGUUGUUGUGAAACCAACUAUAGGAAAUUUUCUCAAAGAUUACCAAAAUUCAUCAAAUCUUCAUAUUGGAUUGACAAAUUCAAAAGGCAUUGUGUAUGAUUUUGAUGAACAUGGCAUCCAUGUUGGAUCUUCGUCAUGGAAUUUGUGUGUCACUGCUACUUUAAUUCAAAACAUUACACAGCAAACGCUAAAUGUUUGGGAUAAUCUACUCAACCAGUUCUCCCAACAAGUUGACUGGUCUCCACAGAGGUAUGAUGAAGAGCAACAUAAUUGUUUCACUUUUGUAAUGGAAUUCUUCAAAUUUUCUCAACUGCUGGAAGCUAUUCCUGCUGCUACAUCUAAAAAGGAAUUCAUUAAAGAAUUUCUCCUGCCAUAUACACAAAAGACCAAAAUGUAUAUUGCAAUGUACAGACAAAUAGCUGUCAAAGGUUAUCUUUGUCAACCUAUUCACUGA